AUGGUGGAGCCACAGCUCAUGGUCCAGUGCGUCGGCGCCGUUGUCGUGUUCUUUGCGGCACGGAUGUGCCAUGCAGCGUUUGUGACUUCCAUCGAUGUUUGGUUCUCUUCCCCCACGAACCGCUUCAAGUACUACAAGGCCUUUCGGGAGAAGUAUCGGAGAACGGGCAAGGCGGACUACUCCAUGCUCAUGAAGACCCAUCCGGAGACAAUUUCCGAGACCUUCGGGGAUGAGUCCACGUCCGAGGGUCAGAUGGUGAAAGCUUUAGUAUUGCCUAGCACAGUUAUCAUGGCCGUCGGUGGGAUUAUGAUGCGAUGCGGAGGCACAGACAUGUGGGGCUACAUUUGGCACGCAGCCCGUGGCCUUUUGACGCCCUUUGGCUUGCUCAUGGUGCUGCAAACCCCUGUUGUCAGUGGGGCAUCCGGAGGCAAUGUUGCCAUCCGCGAAGGGAAAGCAGUCUCAAGCAUUGAACUGCUUUACCAGAUGAACUGGGUAACUCUUCACAUGCUUGGCUUCUUCAGCUUCUUGGGUCCAGCAGUGGUGAUCGAGCUGCCCAUUGCUGUCAUGGAGAUGGUCGAAAGCGAUGGCAUUCAGCAGUCCUGGGAUGCUGAUGCUUGUCUUCAAAACUCGCGCCUCGUGCUUGCGGCGAUGCGAGCCCUGUGCGCAGUUCUCUUGGUCAUCGCAGCACCUUUCUUGGGCAAGAGCAAAACCCGAAAUCGGAAUACACUGUCUGCGCUGAAGUGGCGCGCAGAGUUCGCAGUCGGCGAGUUCGGGGCCACGCAGAUGUACUUCAAUGCCCUUAGCGUGUGGUUACAACCCGGUGUUGGGCCUUACAGCUGGGUGGACAUUGCCUUCCUUGCCCUGUUCGCCUUAGAAGCAUUCCGCAUCUUCUUCGCGCAUGCAGUGUGGACCUUGGUCCUGAUGUCUCGCUGGGAUUCUAUAGACUGGAAGUCUGAGAUCAAGAAGCGAGUGGCCGCACAGGGCCCUGUGAUGCAAGGCUUGCGUGAAGCCACCGGCAGCGAGCUCAACUUCACGCACGCGGUGCAGGCUGGUGUGCCCGACUACACCGAAGUGAUUGUGCAAGCGGCAACCUACCUGCCGGCUAGUCUGGUGGCGACCGGAUGCAAAUACCCACCCCUGAAGCUCCUGCUGUUGAAGCCGGACAACUACGAAAAUUUUCGGGCCAUGGACUUCCAUGAGCUGUCUGACGAGGACGUUUUCUUCUGGCAUAUGGACCUGUCACGUAUGCUGGCAGUCCUCCCGUCUGCUGACACGCUUUUCAUCCCUUCUGGUUCCUACAAGAUGGACAUGAAUGAGCCCAGGGUCCUGCUAUCCAUGGAAGAUUACGAGUCUGAUGUGGAGCACCUGGGGGUGUCCCCGAAUCAGAUGCCGGCCACAGACUCGCCGGAUGACACGGCCAUAGAUAUCAGCGCCAUGGUUCUGUCGGACCCGCGGGCUGCUUUCCUUUCGCGCGUCUCCUUCGCCGAGGGCAUCAUGCAGGAUAUGGCACUAGGCCUCUACAAGCUCUUCGGGGACAUUGGUGGCCAGAUACAAGCAGCCAUCGACGCCCAGAAAAAGGGUAUGGAGCACUUUGACACUGACGAGGAGACGGGAUUUUCAGAGUCCGACGAAGAUGAGCCGCUCCUUAGAACAGACCUACCAAUGGCCUACGAAAUUCAAAUCCGAGGUGUCAAACGCACUCCACCCUGCGUCGUCCUCAGAGUCCCUCAGAGGCAGCCGUUGCCAAUGAGCUGGCAACUCCUGCCACGGAUGGAGCCCAUGCCUGCCUCAGCCAAGUAG